AUGGAGCUCCACGAGGGAGCUGUACGAGGGAGCUCCACGAGGGAGCUGUACGAGGGAGCUCCACGAUGGAGCUCCACGAGGGAGCUGUACGAGGGAGCUCCACGAGGGAGCUCCACGAGGGAGCUGUACGAGGGAGCUCCACGAGGGAGCUGUACGAGGGAGCUCCACGAGGGAGCUGUACGCGGGAGCUCCACGAGGGAGCUGUACGAGGGAGCUCCACGAGGGAGCUCCACGAGGGAGCUCCACGAGGGAGCUCCACGAGGGAGCUCCACGAGGGAGCUCCACGAGGGAGCUGUACGAGGGAGCUCCACGAGGGAGCUGUACGAGGGAGCUGUACGAGGGAGCUCCACGAGGGAGCUGUACGAGGGAGCUGUACGAGGGAGCUCCACGAGGGAGCUGUACGAGGGAGCUCCACGAGGGAGCUCCACGAGGGAGCUCUACGAGGGAGCUCUACGAGGGAGCCGGAUACAGGUUACACAUUGCUUGUAUGCAAUGCCAUAUCCCCCUUAA